AUGAAAGAUCAUAUAUUUGAACUGCGGAGACAGAUAUGAAUCUCCGACAUGAUUGACAUGAUUGUAUAACUGCGGUGAUCAAUCACGUCUUCAUAAGAAACCCAGUGUCCAUAUCUUACCUUGACAGCUCUACAAGUGUUUGCCCUAUAAAGUUAUUUAAAAAAUACGAAGUGUUCACUAUCUAAAUUCUCGUUACAAAAUCGAUAACUUUCCGGUAGACAGGUGACAAGAACAAAGAAAGCAUUUGUUUUGAUUUACCACUAAAUUCUUCGAACUGAAAUUUAAAGAGGAGUAUGUCAAUCAGUUAAGAGAGUUGACAGCGUGGAACUGAAGUACAUUCACAUUUGUUAAUAAUUAACGUGAGCCCUUAAGCGCCUUUUGUUUUGCAGGCGACGUUUCGCCUCAGGGGCCAUUGUCGGCAUUGUUAAUUGUUAGCUUUGACGCACCUUUACUUCCAUAAAUGUUUGUUUGUUUAACAAGGUGAGUCAUUUUAGCUUUCGAUAGGCAAAAUGGUAUGUUCUUAACGUUAUCUUGGGUCAAAUUUCGACUCAUCUGUCGGCACAUCCUUCAUUUGAACGCGUACGGCUUCAGUGAAAUCGACACCUCUAAUGAUCUGUGGAUACAAAAUUUCAAAGUAAGUUUGCUUUAUUGUUGGAUCCUUUCUUUCCUUCAAGUCGGAUGAGCCCGGAUAUAUAAUUCUUAUCCUAUCCUUACAUUGCGCUGAAUACGUUACAGUUCUCAAUCUCUACCUGGGUUUGUGAGUUCUAUGAUAUUAAUUCAGUGGCUUGCGCUGUUUACGAUUUGCACUCUGAUUUAAUUCCGGCGCCACUCUGACCUGCUCCAACAAAUUUGAAAACGUCAAUCUAUGGAGAAUUUGUUCCGGUAACAUUUGAAGCUUAAAAAAAUGAGCGAACAACGUUCAAAGUCAAAGAUUUUAAAAAGCUCUUAUUUGAAGCCCCAGAUUAUUUUCUUGGCCCCCGUUGCAACUGGCGUAACGAUCACUUUUCGCUCGAAUUCUCAAUUAGUCAUUGACACUUUAUUGGCACAACACUUUCGCUUCCAUUGCCAACAAACUUCUUUAAUUUUAAUUUUUAAACGAAUUCUAAAUACUCAAUCCGAAAGCCUAACUUAAAUCACCAGUCUAUCGCAGUUUUCCCGGGUAAUUUCAAUAUUUAAGGUUUUUAAAAUGUUAAAAUCUGUUUUCAGCUUUUCCGCUCCAUUUCAUUUUUAAGGGGUUGAAAUUUUGAGAUGCGCAGUCUUGGCAUCAAUUUAUCUCUUAGCUAUUGUGAAUAUAAAGCUGCACUUUCCUCUUAGCGAAAUGAAAUUUGGCUUAUAUCUAUCCUUUCUCUUUGUUUCUUUUUUAAAAAGCUUGGGUAUGGUAAAUGUGAGUCACUUUUAAUGUGGUACAAAUCAAGGAGGAAGCAGUAAACUCGAAAGGGUGGCUCUGUAUCUUAGACUAAAUGAAUACUUAAAUUUUAGAAUAAAUUUUCAAGGAUACGCUACCAGUGACGUAGCGCCUUAAACAACCAAUCACGACUGUGGAGAUAAGAAAAUAUGAAGAUGAAUUUAUAAUUUUUACCGCGUUCUUUCUUAUCCACUGAAGAUCUGCAAGGAAUUACCCUUUGUCUAUUUUUCCAAUCUUUUAGUAUAAUUAAAAUGCUCAUACAAAAUAAACUUUUAGGCCUUGACUCCGAAUUACAACAUUACUUUUAUCCCGAGAGUUUAUCUGCUAAUCCAUUUGGAAACUUUAAAUGUGCGAUAUUAAAAUAUACUGAUAUUUGAAAGAGCUUGUUGGCUGCGACUAAAUUCAGGGAAAAUCGAACGUUCCAGAGAGGCUUUCAGCAACUGUGUAAUUGGGGAAUUACGUACGAAAUAAAAAUUACGGACGUAAAACCAAACGGAAUAUAACAGGGAAAUGUGAUGGCUAUUUUUAUUUCUUGUUCAAAUCUUGCAGGGUGUAGCAGGUGUAGCAAAACAAAAAUAAUUCAGGCAGAUAUCAAGAUGCUCAACAAUACGAACUCAUCAGCGCCCCAACAUCCCCAAGACGACAUCUUGAGCGUUGACACUCAAGCAAUAGCUGAGCUAGUUCCUGUUGCAUUACUGAUUAUCCUUGCCAAUGGAUUGGUGUUAGUUUUAUUUGUGAAAAAGACACAUCUUCGUACACCAGCAAAUUACGUCCUUUUCAGUUUAGCUGCUUGUGAUUUCAUCACCGGAAUCGUCAAUAUUCCCUUGUUCAUCGUAGUCGCGUUCACACUGCUUAUCGGGCCGUCAGACCAUUAUAUGGUUCUUCUGGUGAGCGUGGUCAACAAUUUUACAGCCAUAUCAGCUUGUUAUCACAUACUAGCUGCAACUACAGAGAAAUAUCUGUCGAUAAUCUGGCCAGUGAAGCAUCGAUCGAUAACCAGGAAAACAGUUUUUAAAGUGCUUCAAGUUGUUUGGGUGGUGUCUUUCAUUGUGGCUUUCAUUCCCUUUGCUUGGGUUAACAUGGAGGAUACAGAAACGCAAAGGAAAUUAACACUAGAGCAUGUCAUAUUCUGUCUCGUGGCAGUUUUCCUGUUGCCGUAUGCAUUUAUGAUCUAUGCCUUUGCGGUUAUUUUCAAAUCAAUUUCCAAUCAGGGGAAGACGGAAGGAAACAUUAUCUCGAGGUCACAUUUCAAUCGACAAGCUGCUCUAGAAAGAAGAUGCUUAAUUUUGUUCGCUUCUAUGGCAAUAAUCUUCCUUGUAUGUUGGUUGCCAUGGUUUAUUUUGUUGCUCAUGUACAAGGUAGAAGACAAUUUGGAAGACAUGGAAAUUGCAGCUCACGUGUUUGUGCUCGUUAGGUAUGCUACCUCUAUCAUAAAUCCUCUACUGUACACGUUUUUUAGACGAGAUUUCAACAAGGCACUCAAGUCUCUGUUUAAAAGGAAACGAUCACAGCGCUUUUCGAGAGACAGUGAUGUCAACAGGCAAAUUUUAACUAAAGACGGGGAUGACACUGCUGAGGACAUCGUCUGACUCAUUUGUGUUGAAAGACAUUGUCUAGGGCCUCGAUUUGUCUUGAAAACCGAUCACAGCUUGCUUGUUAUUUAAUUCUAAGAGAAAUACUUGAAGGAAAAGCUCAGUUUUGGCGCUUUUACUGAACAAUUUACCUAAUGGAGCUCAUUGAAAACAUGCCUUAUUAAAGUUCUACUGAAACGA